AUCGAACAAAUGUUAAAUCGACGAAGGUUUGGGUAUCGAACGAAUUGUGUUUCCGAUUGGAAAAUCGUUCGUCUUCAGUGUUAGAUCUGUCUCAGAUUCGGUUCCGGCGAGUUGAAAUCCUACCGGAUUUGGGAGAUUCGCGAUUCUUUUGUUCUUCACGCGGAGGAAUUGUUUCAUUUUGGAGCCAAAUGGAAGGUUUUACUGGAGAAGAUCUGUCCACAAUCGGAGGAAUUGCGACCGUGUCGCUUCUGCAUUCCUUCAUUCCCACUCACUGGCUUCCUUUCUCCGUCGUCGGUCGCGUCCAGAAAUGGACUCUCUCCAGGACUCUCCUCGUCACUGCUUUUGGAGCAAUUUUACAUGUCAUAUCGACUUCACUUCUUGGAAUAACAGCAAUCACGAUGGCUAAUACUAUUGCCGGUGAAGAAACCGUGCACAAGCUGGCCUCUCUUUUGCUUAUAGUUCUUGGAGGUUGUUAUGUUCUGUUGUUUAUGACUGGUAGAGGUAGUCAUAGUCACUCCCACAACCAACCGAUGGAGAAAAUGGCUGUUGCUGGUCUUGUCCUUGUACCUGCUUUAUCUCCUUGUGCAACCACUCUUCCAGUGUUUCUUGCUGUUGGAAAUUCAUCUUCCAUGAUGAUCCUUGCUAUCAUAGUGCUGCUAUUCAGCACAAUAACUGUGAUGACUUCGUUGGUAGCUUUGUCGUUCUACGGUGCGAGUCAGCUCAAGUUUCACUGGGUUGAACGCUAUGACAAGCUUCUUGUAGGUUCGGUGCUGUGCGUGGUAGGUAUUCUGACUCUCAUCUUUCACGACCACGAGCACGACCACCACGGUCAUGGAGGUUCCAUAGGAGACAAUUUGCAUAGGAAAAUUAUUGUACUUUGAGGAUUCUUCAUAUUAUAUCUUAUAUCCCUCAGACACUUAUAAUUUUGAUCUUCUGGGAAAUUUCAAGACUGACUUUGAAACCUUGUAUUAUAUGAGCCCCAAGUGGUGGGUUUAAAGGUCAGUUUCUUGUAUUCCUUUGUUGCUUUUGUCACAUUUAAGAAUUUUUUUUUUCAUGUAUGGUGAAUAGAAUGUUAACAUCUUGCAUCAUUACUUUGUA